AUGGCGGAUUUAAAUUCUGGUUUCGUACUCGACACACCCACACUCCUCUCCAUUGGAUUCGCACUCUCCUUUAUGCCAAUUGCAUAUGGCCUGGGAACAUCUUUAAUUCCAUCAAAUCAACUCCGAAACCGUGCCCUGUUCAUGUGGCACGCUUACGACGCGCUCACCCAUCUCUUCAUCGAAGGCUCAUUUCUUUACGAGUGCUUUUUCAGCUACGUCGACAUCAUCAACCCUGCUGAUACUCUUCUGAGUAAAGACCAUUCUUCUUACUUUCUCGGUCGAAAAGAUCGCGUCUACGGCGCAAAGUUCGGAACCGGACCCAGCGCGCGUUUGUGGCAGGAAUAMGCCAAAGCCGAUCAUCGCUGGGCUGUUGCCGAUACCACUGUCAUCUCACUCGAACUUUUAACUGUUUUCCUGGCCGGUCCCGCGGCGAUUUACAUCUGCUACCUGCUUCACAAAAUCGCCAGCAACAAAAACUCUUCCAAAGCCGAAGCCCAGCAACUCGGCGCAACCAAGGGAAAGCUCUGGCUCGUUGCUUCUGCUGUCGCAACGGGUGAACUUUACGGCGGUUUUAUGACUUUUGCGCCUGAAUGGCUCAGCGCGAAUUCGCAAUUGGAUGGGAGCAACCCGGUGUUUUUGUGGUUGUACCUUGUCUUUUUCAAUAUGCUUUGGGUGUUUAUUCCGUUUUGGGUCUUGGUCGAGGCGUACAAGGAGUUGAAGGGUGCAUUUGUUGAUGCGGAAGUAUUGUCUCUGUCGGUGGAAAAGAAGAGAGCAUAG